CAUGCUUUUUGGAAGCCCCAAAAAAGAAAGGAAAAAAAAAAAAGUAGGGGAAAAGAAGGUAUGUGGUUAAGUAAAAGACAAUGUGAUUCUCGGGUGUAACACUAUACCAGGAUGCUUUGCUUACUUGAAUAAUACUCCUAUUUGGCUCUUUACCUUACCCAUUUCAGGAUUCAUUUUGGCAUUCGUCAAAGAAAGAAAGGUUGUCUGUGAUAUUUUGCAGAGCUGCCAAAAAAGGGUGAGGAGGAGACAGGACCAAGAACAGGGAAACUUGGGUCUUUUCUUUUUUAACCUUCUAAAUUUGGCCUAUUUUUCUCUUCUUUCUUUUCUUUACGCUUGGUUUUUCUUAGUUGAUGUCAAAAUUCAAAACACGAGUGCAUUUGAGGAGCAGCUAAGAUUUUAGCUUCUGGUAGGGGCGUAUUGUUUCUGCUCCUGUGAUUUGUGGAAGAUGGUUUUUUCUUUUCUUUUUUCCUAAGCCUUCAAUAACCAGGUCCUUUGAGUUGGCUGGAGAUUGGCAUUGACUACCGAAAUCUGGUGUUACUCUUCCAAAAACAAUGAAAUUUGGAUUAAAGAAAGGGUGGAAAUCCAUCGGUCCACUUCGGUUGAGGGGGAAAACAGCCACUCGGUUCUGUCUGUUUUCAAAAACAAAGUCAGCCAAUUAUGGUCCAGGAAGAUCACCAGUCUAUCUGAAUGUGUAUGACUUGACUCCAAUGAAUGGUUAUGUCUAUUGGGCAGGUCUUGGUAUUUUUCACUCCGGUGUCGAAGUUCAUGGUGUAGAAUAUGCAUUUGGAGCUCACGACUACCCAACUAGCGGUGUUUUUGAGGUUGAACCUCGACAAUGCCCAGGAUUCAAGUUCCGGAAGUCGAUAUUCAUUGGGACUACUUGCUUGGAUCCUAUUCAGGUUAGGGAGUUCAUGGAGCGCCAGUCUACAAGAUAUAAUGGUGAUACAUAUCACCUGAUUGUCAAAAACUGUAACCAUUUCUGCAAAGACAUUUGUUACAAGCUGACCGGGAAAUCGAUUCCGAAAUGGGUAAAUCGGCUGGCGAAGAUAGGUUCAAUAUGCAACUGCAUACUCCCUGAGGCUCUUAAGAUUUCGGCGGUGCAACACGACCCCAAUUGCGGACCAUUCGACAGUGAGAAAAGGAGCCUGAGAAGUAGUGCCUUCAGUUGUUUGUCAUCGAUAUCAAUGCGGCAGAAGCAAUUAUCAACUUCCUCACUGUUUCUGCAGUCGCCCUUAAGAGGUUGUUUACCCCCAUGGGAAUUGAGAAGAUCAAACAAUGGUUCCUUGAAGGAAAGGUGAAAAACGAAACCACAUCAAAACAAAGGUUUCUCUAGCAUCGGUAGAUGUUUCUUCUUUUAUGAUGACCAGGCUCCAUAAAAAAGCCUAACACGAAUGAGAACUUGUGAAGAACUUUGAUCUGAAGCCAGUACUAUAAUGCUGUCAUCAUUAUGAUUGUUGUUCUCAUGGGAUUCUGGGAGUCUUAUGACCGAGGUUUGUCAACUGUUUAGCUCUAGUUUUCUACUGUCAUUUUUAAGAAGUGAACUUUUUCUUUUA